AUGGCAGCUGUCUACAAAACUCUGUCUGCGGCAAGCGGAAACGAGAAGGAGUCAGGGGAGCGCAGAAAUAAGCAGCGUGUGCUCAUCCUGAGCUCUCGAGGUGUGACUUACAGACAUCGACACUUGCUGCAGGAUCUAUACUCGUUGAUGCCUCACAGCAGAAAAGAAGCCAAAUUUGACUCCAAGACCAAGCUGUAUGAACUCAACGAGCUCGCUGAGUUGUACAACUGCAACAAUGUUCUGUUCUUUGAAGCACGCAAAGGCCAGGAUCUGUACGCUUGGAUGAGCAAGGCACCAAAUGGACCCACUGUCAAGAUGCACCUGCAGAACCUGCACACCAUGGAAGAACUCAACUUCAUUGGCAACUGCCUCAAAGGAUCCCGGCCGGUGCUCUCAUUCGACGCACAAUUCGAGAAGCAAGCACAUACGCGUCUGAUCAAGGAGCUCCUCACCCAGAUCUUCGGCGUUCCCAAGACCUCGCGAAAAGUCAAGCCUUUUGUCGACCACGUGAUGGGCUUUACCCUGGCCGAUGGCAAGAUCUGGGUGCGUGUGUACCAAAUCAACGAGUCUGAGCCCGGAAAGAAGAAGCCCGUGGAUGGUGAAGAGAUGGACGUAGACCCUGCCCCAAAGAAGAAGGGCAAAACCGAGUUCGACGUGCAACUGGUGGAGAUUGGCCCACGUUUCGUCCUCACGCCCAUCGUCAUCCAGGAAUCCAGCUUUGGCGGACCCAUCAUCUACGAGAAUAAAGAGUUUGUUUCGCCCAACCAGAUCCGCUCUGACCUCAGACGAGGCAAGGCUGGCAAGUUCAACAGCCGGACAGAAGCCGCCAGAGACAGCAAGAUCAGGCGCGGGGAGCUGGGUCUGCUGAGCCACGGUGGGCGAAAGAAGGAGAAGGACCCUCUGAGCGAUUCAGUACUCUUUGCGUAG